CCGUGAUUGAUUCCUGGAUCGGUCCGAGCUUGGACCAAGACUCCACAGGCAAAGACAACUUCAACAUUGUAAAGCUACCGUAUUUGGGCUUGAAUAGCGCAUGACGAACGCCCUUUCAAUUCCACACACGGAUCGCGACCAGGUUUAUCAAUUGGCUUUCAUCAUGUUCGCAGGUUCGCGCCGCCUUCUUUCGACGAAGCCAGUCCAGGUCUGCCGUCGGUGCUUGUCCUCAAAAGCUCAGCAAGCGGUCCUUCAACCCAUUGCCUCGCACAAGAGGCCCAUUGCAUCGUUCGUGUCGGCAGCGCCGCGAACCGCAACGUUGCGCUGCUCAUUCUUCACGAGUACGACCUUGCGAGCCUCGGCUCCGACUGCUGCUGAAGCCAUGGAGCGCAUAGAACAGCUGUACGAGAACGCGAGCGAGGAGUUCCAGAUUGCGGCUGAGGAGACGGAGGGCAACACGGUUUACGCCGCCGACGACCGAGCGGCAGCCAAGGCGGAGGUGGACAAGCUGGAGGAGUUCUACAAGUCCGUCGUCGAGGGGACCGGAUACGACGCCAGCGUGAGGGAGGAGGUUAAGCGACGUGCGGGCCAGAGGGUCAGAGAGCUGGUGAAUGCUAUGACAGCGCUUGAGGAGAAGGCGAUGGAGCACGACUAAGUCUUCCUGUCCACGGACGCGCUUUUGGCUCGGAUCACGAACGGCGCGUGUUGCUGUCAUGAGCCGAGACUAGUGGCUAGUGGAACUCGAGCCUGAAAAGAAAGAUGGACAAAGCGAGCUGAUUUGCCCUUCGCCCCCAAAUAUGAACAGAGAACCACGUCCCGUUCCAGCCCGUGGCGGCCUUGAUGCGUGCGCCGUCGUGCGUGCAGCAUACGCAAGCUUUCACAUCUGGGCUCUUGCGCGGACACCGUCCUUACUUCCUCAAAAUACACGAAAUCUCCGCCCACUAGAUCGCAUUGUGGCGCUGCAGCGUACCGAGUGGCGGCAAAGCUGCCUUUUCUUGAGGGCCUUGUAUUAUAGAAUUGUAGAAACCACGAGUCCAUAACGCAAACAUUUUGCCAAAGAUUGAC